UGGGAAUAUAAAGCAAUACUAAACAGGAGAAUCCAGCGACAGUCAACCAGUGAGUGGACACAGCAUCACCUAGACAGAUUAAAUCUGAAAAGAAGUGUCUAGAUGGAUUACGCGCCUAUUCUCUAAAGUUUAUUAAGCCAAGCUCAUCAUUUUGGUUUCUUGCCUUUGAGGUCACAAGGAAAAAGCAGGAAACAUUUCUUCACUGGUUAUUUUGGAUGUGAUGCUCCUGUUUGUGGAUCAAACACGGACUGCAGGCUCUGAUUACACAGCCCUGGUGUUCAGCUAGUUCUGGAGGGAAGGGAUAAUGCAUAUUAUUUCCUGCCCAGAAAAAGAAGCCACCAUGAGCAACGUCACGGUCACGGACAACACGGAGCCCAUAAGCCACGCCAUGAGUCCGGCCACCCCCGGCCCUUAUUCCUACCCCGUUAGUUUUCAGGUCUCCCUGACAGGCUUCCUGAUGCUGGAGAUCGUGCUGGGGAUGAGCUCCAACCUCACUGUGCUCGCCCUCUACUGUAUGAAGUCGAACCUCAUUAGUUCUGUCAGUAACAUUGUAACUAUGAACCUCCACGUGUUGGAUGUGCUGAUAUGUGUGUGCUGCAUCCCUUUUACCAUUGUGGUGGUGCUACUCUCUCUGGAAGGAGACACUGCUCUCGUCUGCUGCUUCCACGAAGCUUGCGUCUCUUUUGCUAGCGUUGCCACGGCUGCUAAUGUGCUUGCGAUCACCCUCGAUCGCUAUGACAUCUCUGUCAAACCAGCGAACCGAGUGUUGACCAUGGGCCGAGCUCUGGCCUUGUUGGCUGUCAUUUGGGUGCUAUCAUUUGUGAGUUUCCUUGUACCUUUUAUUGAAGUGGGCUUCUUUGCUCAUGGCCACACUGAGCUGAACCAGACCGUGGUGGACAAUGUGGUUCACACUAACCAGUAUUACACAGAGCUCGGCCUCUAUUACCAUCUGCUGGCUCAGAUUCCAAUUUUCUUUUUUACUGCCAUUGUGAUGCUCAUCACCUACUCCAAGAUCCUGCAGGCGCUCAACAUUCGCAUUGGCACUCGUUUCCACAAUUCACAGAAGAAGAAGGUUCGCAGGAAAAAGCGUCCAUCCAUGACAGCCAUGGCAACGCAGCAAGAGGCCACCGAUGCAUCACAGAGCAGUGGCAGCCGCAAUCCAACCCUGGGCAUGCGCACCUCUGUCUCUGUCAUCAUUGCCCUCCGUAGGGCUGUUAAACGUCACAGAGAGAGACGAGAGCGCCAAAAAAGAGUGUUUAGGAUGUCUUUAUUGAUUGUGUCAACAUUCCUGCUGUGCUGGACACCCAUUACGGUCCUCAACACCGUCAUUCUGAGUACGGGUCCCAGUGACCUAAUGGUCAAGUUGAGAUUGGGUUUUCUGGUAAUGGCCUAUGGGACUACUAUCUUCCAUCCUCUGCUGUAUGCCUUCACAAGACAGAAGUUCCAAAAGGUCUUAAAAAGCAAGAUGAAGAAGCGAGUGGUGUCGAUCAUCGAGGCAGACCCUACACCUAAUAAUGCCAUCAUUCACAACUCCUGGAUUGACCCAAAGAGGAACAAAAAGGUGACAUUUGAUGAUAAAGAUGCCCCAUUGAAAGGUCUUUCUUCUGGGAAUGUGGAGUGAAAGAACUAAUUACUUUGAAGAACUACAGACAAAGCAGCUGAAACUGACUUCAGGUCUUCGUGAAAAAGGGAAAAUCCUAAUCCAAAGUGGUAAUAAAAAACAUUAUGUGCAAUAAAAUGUACAAAAAAUAGAAAAUGCAUAAUUUAUUACUAUUUAUUGAGAGUAAAAAAAGUUUCAUAGAUGUACCUUAUGUUGUACUGUAGAUAAUGCAUGAUCUUUUGUAACAGCAGCAACACACGGUACAGUAUGUAGAUACAAAUACAUGUCCAGAAUAGGCUAAACAAGGUAUAUACUAAAUAGAGACCGAA